AUGGAAAUGUAUAGUUAUAUAAAAGAAUUAAGGAGAUGGGAUGAUGCAAUAAGUAAUUAAUUAUUGUAUAGCAGAUUUUGCUUAAAAAUUAGAUGUUGCUUAUAGGGGUGUUAUAUCUGAAGGGAGAACUGCUGCUGAAGUUGGAGCAAUUUGA